AUGCUUGCCGGCGCGUGCUUGUGGGCGUGCGUGGCGCUGGCCGCCGGGGGCGGGGAUCCCAUACCUGUGAGCAGCAGGCCGUUCAUCGACGACUGCGAUUCGAUCGAGACCACGGGGCUGAGGAAGUUCGUGCGCAAUCUGGAGGUUGACACGUCGAGCCCGGAGCUGCAUGACAUGGACGGCGCGCGGUUCAAGCGGCGCAACGCGCAGGACGGCAUGGUGCGGUACGACUCGCUGCAUGGCUUCACACGAGUGGGGGUCACGGGGUUCGUGCAUGGCGAAAUGGAUGAGGAGAACUGGGAGCUGCUGCUGGGCACGGUGGGGGGCAGCACGGGCGUGGACCCCGUGGUGGUAUUGAACAGUACGAACCUGGGGGAGUACCGGAAAGAUGUGGGGGAUGGGGAGGGGGAGGGGGCCGGGUGGGUGAAGUUCGAGGUGGGGAUGACGGACCUGGUGGAGGACUGCCCGCGGAGCGUGCAGCUGGAGAUGCGGGGCAGUGCGAUAGCGGAGGGCAAGGAGGGGUGGGGCCUGCAGCUGGGGACUGUGGAGCUGGUGGAGAGCGGGUCGCCGAUGUGCGCCUCGCCGGAGUGCCUGCCCGCGCAGCAGUUCUUGGACCGGUGCAAGGAAAUGGAGGAGGCGCGCCAGGGGCGGGAGGUCCAGGCGAUGCGCGACGACGCGGGCUCUAUCGCCGCCAACGCCUACGGCGUCAGCCCCAACCUCGUGGUAGACAGCUCCAACGCGUCGAGACUGUUCACGGGCUACGGCGGCCGGUUCACCAGGGCGGACGGCAAGCCCGCCCGGCUCACCUACUUCGUGCCCGACGGCAUCCUGUCGGUGUCGCUGGCAGUGUUCGCAUGCGGCGGCGCGGCGGGCCUCAACGUGACGCCCUACUCGGAUCCCGACUGUAAGUCGUUCUCGUUGCAGCCGGUUUUCGAGAACGAUGGCUCCGAGUCCGACGGCUGCUGGCGCCGCCGGAGCGCCACCCUGGACUUCGGAGACGCGCAGUGCCUUCCGUCGUUCGUGGACAUCGACAUCGACGGCGGCGAGGGGUGGGAGCUGCAGUUGUCAGAGGUGGCGGUGCGCGGCUACGGCGUGGCGGAGAACGGCGAGGGCCAGGCGGCCCUGGCGGAGACCCGCGACGCGGAGGCGCCCGAACUCGGGGCGCAGGCGGAGGGGGAUGGGGUUGGCGAUGGGUCGUCAGGAAGGGGCGUGAUUAAGAAGCUCUUCCCCGUGCUGCUGCUGGCCGCGUGCCUGGGCGCCAUCGUGGGCGUCAUCCUGAUGGUGCGCACGGCGCGCGUGUGCUGCGGCGUGGACCUCAGCCCCUCUGCCCUGGGCUGCGCGAUCAAUCCCUGCUGCGGCGGCGGCACCACCGAUACCGAAUCGGGCAAGCCCAGCAGCGCCACUUUCGAUAGACUGUCGACCUACCCCAGUGCCUCCCCGCGGGGCAAGUCCCUGUCGCCCAGGCGCGGGUACGUGGCGCCCGAGGCGCCUUCGGGUGACAAGGGCGCAAGUGCCAUAAGCAUUAGCUUCUCGAACGAAGCCAAGGGGAAGAAGGAGCAGCCGAGCAAGUUGGGGCACAGGCGCGGCGCGUCCUUCUUCGAGCAGGCAAUCCGGGACAUUCAGAGGACGUUCAUGGCGGCCAAGAAGCCGGCACCUAAGAUGCGGGAGGGCGAGCUGGUCACGGAGGUGCAGACGUUCACCUGCGACGUCCGGGCCAGGCCCGCGGACGAGGGCCCGGAGAAGGACGUCGAGGCAGACGGCGGCAAGCCCUGGGUGCCGUGGGCGGACUUCAAGGGCCAGCCGCGCAAGGCGAACUUCCUGGCCGGAGGGGGCGCCUCCCCCAGGAUGGAGGUCCGCCUGGUGAUGGAGUUCUGCGACGCCGGCUCCCUGCGCGACGCGCUGAGAGACAGGAGAUUCAUGGAUGAAUCGGGCAAGUUGGUGUUUGAGCAUGUGCUUCUGACAGCCUUGGACAUAGCUCGUGGAAUGCGGUGCCUGCACCUCAGAAGCGUCAUUCAUGGGGACUUGAAGCCUGACAAUGUGUUGCUGAAGUCGGCAAACUCAGAUGGGCGCAAUUUCAUUGCCAAAAUCGCAGAUUUUGGAAUGAGCAUUCCAGUGGGCCAGUCAGUGUCACAGGUGGAAAUGAAUCGGGGAACAGGAGGAUACAUAUCACCCGAGGUCGCUUCCCGUCAACGAAUAUACCCUUCGUCUGACGUGUACACAUUUGGCAUAAUGAUGUGGGAGCUGUACGCAUCGAAGACUAUACGGGAGGCCGCCAAAGAAGCAUCGGUCCAGAAGAGUCUCACCAUAGGGCGCUGGCGGCCCAGCUUCCCCGUGGGCUGUCCGCGUUCCUAUGCCAAGCUGGCUGCGGAGUGCUGGAACGAGUACCCUGACUGGAGGCCAAGCUUUGACCAAAUUGUAAAGCAGCUUACAGGCAUGCUCAACACUCCCGCACCGUCAAAAUAG